AUGGCUUUAUUCGAUUCAGGUGAUUUUUCUCCAAACAAACUUAGUAGCUUCAAGGCUGGUUCGUCGCCGUUAGAGGAACAUCGGCGGGUGCAGGGUCGCAGUCUUCUGCGGUUUUUCGUGGGCCGACUUAAACGAAUAGUUUCAAGAGUAGAACCCUUACAGGUGCAAGUGCGCGUCGGUAAGGAGCGGUACUCACGCAGACGGUCACGAGUGGUGCGCGAGCGGCGCGUCGAUAAGGAGCGGUACUCACGCAGACGGUCACGAGUGGUGCGCGAGCGGCGCGUCGGUAAGGAGCGGUACUCACGCAGACGGUCACGAGUGGUGCGCGAGCGGCGCGUCGGUAAGGAGCGGUACUCACGCAGACGGUCACGAGUGGUGCGCGAGCGGCGCGUCGGUAAGGAGCGGUACUCACGCAGACGGUCACGAGUGGUGCGCGAGCGGCGCGUCGGUAAGGAGCGGUACUCACGCAGACGGUCACGAGUGGUGCGCGAGCGGCGCGUCGGUAAGGAGCGGUACUCACGCAGACGGUCACGAGUGGUGCGCGAGCGGCGCGUCGGUAAGGAGCGGUACUCACGCAGACGGUCACGAGUGGUGCGCGAGCGGCGCGUCGGUAAGGAGCGGUACUCACGCAGACGGUCACGAGUGGUGCGCGAGCGGCGCGUCGGUAAGGAGCGGUACUCACGCAGACGGUCACGAGUGGUGCGCGAGCGGCGCGUCGGUAAGGAGCGGUACUCACGCAGACGGUCACGAGUGGUGCGCGAGCGGCGCGUCGGUAAGGAGCGGUACUCACGCAGACGGUCACGAGUGGUGCGCGAGCGGCGCGUCGGUAAGGAGCGGUACUCACGCAGACGGUCACGAGUGGUGCGCGAGCGGCGCGUCGGUAAGGAGCGGUACUCACGCAGACGGUCACGAGUGGUGCGCGAGCGGCGCGUCGGAGCGGUACUCACGCAGACGGUCACGAGUGGUGCGCGAGCGGCGCGUCGGUAA